GAGGCGGCGCCAUUUUGGGCGUGGGGAGUCGGAGGCGCUGCCUCUCCCGCCGCCGGCAGCCGCGGCCUUGAGGUUCGUGUCCUCCCCGGCGUGUGGCUGAGGUGGUUGCUGCUCGGCCGGGCCGCGAAGGGAAGCCGCUUCUCCUCCGCCGCCAGCGCUGCUACCACCGACCUGUGCCACCACCGGGCCGGGAAGGGGCGGCGUGGGGAUGGCGGUGUCAGCACGUAGGAGCCGGCGGCUGCUGAGAAAUUACACAGACUCGGACUUGCUCCAUUCAAGUGAGAAUGUCAGAGAGACUGCGUUUUCCUUGAGCGUACUUGCUCUGUCCUCACCAAGGACACGGGCGGAUAUGCUUUUGCGUGCAGCUUCACUCUCUCCAAGGUUAGUGAGGAUGCUUCAUGCUGAAAAUACAGUAAGGUUCUUGGAGUGUCAGGACGAAAUCGGAAUUGAGCCGUGUUCUAAAAGAAUGAAGUCAACAGAAGGGGCUUGUGAGAAACUCCCUGAUGAUGAUGAUGAUGAUAACAAAGGUUAUCAGAAGAAAGUGGAUGUUGAGAGAAAAUCAAAUGAUUGGAUACCUGCGUGUGCCUUGGAUAACCAAGGGCAAUGUGAAAUGCAGAAGCAAGAGAAAACACCUACAGGUGUCUUGGGAUCCUUGAAUGAAGUUCUCCCUGAAAAUAAUCCAGUGCUUAGUCAGCCAGUUGAUUCAGAAACUGUGCAGAAUAUAAAUCCUCCUUUUACAUCAAUUAAAUACUCUAAAGUUGAAGAACAGAAGGACCCUUUUAUUACAAAUAAUGCUGAUGAAGAUAGUAUUGAAAAAAGCAGUGCAUCAUUCUCAGUAAAUAGAAAUCAAUCAGAUGAAGACUUUUUUACAAGCAAAGAUUUUAUAGGACCUAUUUACAAGCCUGCCGAAAGUAACAAGCAGGACAAAUCUGGCAGUUGUGAUGAAUGUAGGAGCACUGGAGGAGAUGAGAGUGAAUUAUGUGAAAAGAGAUGUAAAAGAAAGGAGGCGAAGAUGCAGGCUGCUUCUGCCACUGUACCAGAAAUGGAUGAUCAGCUGGAUCAGUUCUAUAAAGAAAUUCACCAGCUGGAAAAUGAAAAUUUAGAUACUAAUGUUCAGGAAAAAGAAACUGAAAUUUCUGAGGAACAGCACUCUCCGUUUAACUCUAGUCAGGGCUCUCAAGAAAAUUAUCAACCUGUACUUUUGGGCAGUCCACACCCAUUUUAUGAGAAUGGACAGUCUUCUUUGGGGGAACACAACAGUCAGAAAACAAACAAUGAGCAGCAGUUAGUUGUGGAAACAGGUGGCUGGAAAACUGAAAAUACUUUUAAUGGCCAAGUAGAUACAUGGAACUGUUCAGUGCCUGAAUUCAGACCUGCUUGGCAGACUAGAGCAUCUUUCAAAAAACCUCAGGGACCUUUUUCUCCUAGAUUCAGCCAUCAAUCCCAUUUUCAGAUAUUUGAUCCCCCACCACAAAUCCCAAAUGUUCCCCCUUCUCAGAAUGGGGGAUUUCCGUAUGAAAGUUACCAUGGAAAUACUGAUAUCAACAGUCAUGGUCCAUUUCUUGAUCAAAAUACCAACUAUUCUGGUCAUACUGACAUCCAUACUGCUCAGGUCUUCAGGAAUGGGAAUAAUGAUCAGAAUGGACUCCAAAGUAAUGGUUUCUGUGAAACCAGAGAAGAGUGUUGGAAUGAUCCAAAAGCUGGCAGUACAGAAGGAAUGCACAACUUUUCUUCGUUGCAGUUAUCUGAAGAAAAAUUCAGUUGUUCACAGAAAUUGCUUCUAAUCUUAAGAGGCCUACCAGGUUCAGGGAAAUCCACACUUUCUCGUGUUCUGCUUGGUCAGAGUUGUGAUGGUGUUGUGCUCAGCACCGAUGAUUAUUUUCGUCAGCAGUAUGGAUACACCUAUAACGCUGCUCAGCUUGGUGACGCCCAUGAGUGGAACCAGAAGAGAGCAAAGCAAGCAAUGGAGCAGGGAAAAUCUCCAGUUAUAAUAGACAACACUAAUACUCAAGCCUGGGAAAUGAAGCCUUAUGUGGAAGUGGCUCUGGAAAAAGGAUACAGAGUGGAAUUCCAUGAGCCAGAUACUUGGUGGAAGUUUGAUCCUGAAGAACUAGAAAAGAGGAAUAAGCAUGGAGUCACUCGUGAGAAGAUUGCUCAGAUGUUGGAACGAUACGAAUAUCAAAUAUCCAUCCCUAUUGUCAUGAAUUCAGUGGUACCUCCCCACAAAAACACUCAAAGACCACCUCUGCAGAGAAGACAUAGGGAGACAAUUUUAAGCAAGAACCCUGGAUACCUGUUAAUAAAAGCAAAGCAGAAGAAAAAGAGAAAAAGAAACAAAACAAUGAAAAGUAAUCGUACAGAAAUGACAAAGAAAAUGUUAUGUGGAGUAGCUCAUCAUUCAAUUCUAGGUGACCAUGAUGGAUCUGAAAGUGAAGAGGAUGACUUGGAAGAAGGAAACAAAAAAUCAUUGUGUACAUUCAGCAAAGGCCCAGAGGAUCCAGUAACAGUUUGUGAAGAGCAGCCUAAGAGUAGUGAUGAAAGCCUAAAAGAAGCUGCAGGGGGUUCAAGAGAGAGUUUUCUGGUCACUGUGCCUGAGGUCUCAGUGAUGUCAAAUAGUGCAUGCAAAAAUGAAUUGCCUGUAGAAGGUGACAGUUUGCUUUCAAGAGAUGUAAAACCUUUUUGUGCUGAAAACCUAACCAAAAAAGCCUUAGAUGACAAGGAAGCAAAGCAAAGGCACAAAGACAAUCUCUGCAGUUUCCUAACAAUAAGCAAUUAUAAAAAUUCCAUCCAAGAAACAGAAGGCAUUUCUGAAGACUAUGAUAUGUCAUUGUUAAGUACAGAAAACAAACUGGGAUCAUGUCAAAUUACAUGUGAACCUGACGAGGAAGCCAAGCUGGUAAGUUUAAACAGUGAAGAAAAAGAAAUCUCUCAGUAUUGCAGUUCAAGUGUACUUGAUAAUGUGCCUGAUAACACAGAGGGCAAAUGUCCAUUAAAAGCGGAAGAAACUAGCUCCAAUGCCUGGGCUUUUUUUUCAAUUAAUUUAUCUGCUGAGGAGUUGCAGAUAGGCUUCAAUACUCCAGUUUCUCUCUCUCCUUGCUCUGAGGAUAAAUGUGUAAGUGAACAAAGAUCUCAAAAAUUGAGGAAACCUGAACAGACUCAUACAAACAGUUCAGCAGAACGAAACUGCUAUCAGUCAAAUGAGGGAUUGGUAAAGGAAAACCAUAAUGAAACAGAAACAGAGGAAGCUGGCAAUAUAAUAAGCAAUGAUCUGUCUGGAUCUCUAACUGGUAAAGUGCACUUUGAUUCCCUAGUGGAAGCCAGGGCUGCCUUCAUGCCGGGUUCAAGUGAAGUAAAUGUGCCAAUAAAUGAUGCUACACCAACUGCACUGAAGAGGAAGAGAUACAGGAGAAUUGUCAACUUAGCACCAAAGUUUAACCUACCUAGACAGAUCUUUGGUCAUACACAGGAAGGGAAGGACAUCCUGGUAAGAGAAGAUAUUCCCCAAAAUAGUGUUUUAGAAGUGAGGCAAAAAUACUUUCUAAGCAAGAACUGUGGAGAAGCACAUGAACAGGAGGACCAUGCAUUGCAGGAAUAUUCCUCACCCACUCCGGAUGCAGAUGCUCUGUUACAUAAUACUUAUUACAUUCAUUCAGAACAAUGUUCUCCUAUAUCAAAAUACGCCUGCAGGGUUUGUGUAGAUUCCAAAACAAAGGAGGAGCAAGCUACAACACUUCAGCCACAACAGGUAGUUAAUAAAAAACAGGACAAGGGUGAACAUGUUUCUUCAGAGGUUACAAAUGGCCAACCAGAUAACUUGUCUUCUGUUGAAGUUGUUUCUGAAUAUCUAGAAGAUUCUACUACAAUGGCAAGCUGCAGUGAAAAUGCAAAUGAAGCAGACAACUCUGAGCCAGCAAAGGCAUCGCAGCUUGAAGAUUAUCAAGACGCAGAUGUGAAGUGCAGUUUUCUGGGACUUCCCUUAUCUUUGGGACUUGCUUUUCAACUUGUGCAGCUCUUUGGUUCUCCAGGUCUUCCAUUGGAAUCCUUGUUGCCAGAUGAUUAUAUAGUUCCCCUUGACUGGAAAGUUUCAAAGAUGAUCUAUUUACUGUGGAAGACCUCUGUAGAGGAAAAACAGAAACCAAAUGGAUUGAAGAAUGAAGAUGGCUUGACUGAUGAUAUCAUUAAUCUUGAAGAUCUAAAUAAAAAUCCCCAAGAGAAUCAAGACUCUUCUGAAACACUAUCAGACAUGGAGCUAUGUCAAGAUGUGACAGAGGAGAACAUUAUAACCUGCAGUGACUGUCUGGAUGCUGCAUUUCAUCAGUCAUGAAUGACUGUCUUAAAUUCUGCAUGAACAAACAGAAACUUCUUGCUUUAAUUCCACCAUGGAAGGACUUCAGUUGGCCACCAAGGAAUUUAAAUGUGAGGGACAACCUGGAAGAAAGAAACCACAGUAGAUCUUUUGGUAUACAUCUUUGGCCACCUCCCUCCAACACUGCCCCCCAGUCUGACCACGUAAUAAUGAUCAAAAUUGAGAUAACUUUGCAUAUGACAAAAGGUCAUUUUCUGAAGCCAUUUUGGAUUUACACUUUGUCUGUACAUCCUCGAGUGUGCUAUAAAGAGAUUCAGAGUGGAGACCAGAGGCAUCUGUCACUAUGGGGUGUGAACUUCAGGCUGUGGUAUUUCAUUCACUCGUAUCAGGAUCCAGGAUAUUGCCACAGAAGCAGGCCAUGAUGCUCACAUGCAGGGAAUGGUGCUUGUUACUUGUCUUACCUGCCUCCUUCUACCUUCAUCCUCAAUCAUAAUUUCAUCCAGUCCCUUUACAACCUCAGAUGGUAAAUAUCUUCAUCUGUCAUUCCUAUUCACUCAAACAGGGGUGCACAUCUUCCAUUCUUUUCUCCUGAAACAGGCUUUAGGCUUCCCUUCAGCUAAACUCGUUUGGGGAUUUGGGACUGCAGAAACAAGAACAUUUCACUGUGGAAUUGAUUCAAACAUGCUGAAGGAAGGGUGUGUAUGGUUUGUGGUAGACUGAGAAGAUGUAUAACUAGCACUGGUAACCACUGAUUUGGUGUUUCUGUUAGUGGUGUUGGAAAUAUUUAUGUAUGUAGAGAAAAAUAAACCAUAACUAAUUAUAAAGAACAACCUCUGUCAAUUAUGAGGCAUGCAUAAGGCUGGACACUUCUUUGUAGGAAGACGGAGUGACAGCUGUCACCUCAUUUAACAAUAGAAGUGUAAGAAAAGAUGAAGGAGAAGAAGGAAACUUGGUUGUGUCUACUUGUCAGAAAUAAUAUUUCCCACUUGUGCAGCUUGCAGAUCCAGCCAUUUAUUCUCCAUUUGUUCUUUGAUCUCCUCUUCCUCACCUUUCCCUGCAUUUGUUUAUACAUCAGCUGAACAGCAAGGACUUGACUGAACUCGUGCUCAAGCUCCACCAUGGUCAAAUUUGCUGAUGUGUCUCCACUUUCUACUUAAAUAUUGCAUCUACAUGAAAGCAGUUAACAAUGUAUGUAUUUCUAAAUUAAUGUUGUACCACUGGCAAAAUUUUCUGGCUGCACUGUUUGAAUGCAUCUCCCAUGGACAUGUGUGUGUCUUCCUUGGCUGGAAAUGUCCUGCUCUCCUACCAGCAGAACAUUAUACAAAAUGUAAAGGGCAGGAGGAGGGAGUUCAUACCCCCCACAACCACAGCUUCAGACUUCUGUGUUGUACUAGUGGCAGCAGACAAGUUAGUUUGAUUUCAGGAAAAUGUCACUCAAGGAGUAAGACACUCAAGUGUCUUCCUACUUCUAUUUAUUGAGUGAGAAGUCUGAAUGCCUCUAUUUUCUGUUACUGAACCCUGGCCUUCUAGAAUGCUUGAAAUAAAAAUAGUUUUCAAAA